AUGGCUAUUGAAAACUUCCCCUCUCUUACCGCGGAAGAGUUCUCAGAAGCAUGCCAUCACCUUGACAGACAAUACUGCCAAGCGUCUUUGGGCCCCCAACGAGCACGGUGGAAGCUGAGGCUCUGCAAUGCUCUUUGCACAGACUUCGCCUAUGGUGGGGGUUUCACAACAUAUAUCCAAAUAAGGCGGCCUCUCGAGUUUGAUCUGGAUCAUGGAGAUCUUUCACUAGAUUUGGAUGGAUUCUCCUUCUCAGACGACAAAACGCAUGUACCAAUAGGUGGGGAUAAGGACAUGUUAGAUGCUGAAGAAGCAGACGAGGCCGCUCUAAUCAGACAACGAACUCGCCCAGAAGUUGCCAUGGUGGAGUAUGAAAUUCACCUUCACCCCACGUAUCGUGUGCCAUGUCUAUGGUUCAAUCUACGCAACCUACCUGCCGAUGAGCCAGCAUUCAACAUUGACACUGUCUUUCGCCGCCUUGUACCAGACGAGUACAAGGCCGGGCUUCGGGCACUGGGCAAUGUAGGCGGUAUUUCGGCCGAUCACCACCCUAUCACGGGCGUCCCAUCCUUUUUUGUCCACCCCUGCUUGCUGGGAGACGCAAUUUCCAAAUUCGAGUGCGACAGGACGAACUAUCUCAUGAUAUGGCUCGGACUUGUAGGAGGUUGCGUAGGGCUAUGGGUCCCUAAGGAAAUGGCAAUGUAG